UCGCGCAUACGUUUGAAUGUUAUUUCCGAAUCUCUCCUUUAACAUGUUUGAAGGGGACACUGUUUUACUUAAAACGUGAAUUAACGUCUUAAAUCGUGUUAAAAGUGAGCAUGUACAUACAUGCGAUUGUGUAGUUUAUUAGCUAAUUGGCUUUCAUGGAGAGUACUUGAUCUUUAGCAUUUUUCCAGAGUAAAGAAAAGCACAGAGAAUACAUGCAGUAAAUGCCUGAUCUUAAGUAUUGAAUUACUUAAUGUUAUGAUACAUAUUGCAGAUGCAAAGUGAGGAGUUCCCAGGAGAAGACGAGCAUAGUAUUGCCAAACACUUGGACUCCAUAAGAAAAGAAAUAACGAAACUGAGGCCGAACAUUGAAGCCAUAUGUGACAGCAUGAAUAGAACUGUACACACUCGGGAAAGAAUGAUGGAGAAGAAGUCCACUGAAGAAGUUCUUGGUCUGUUUCCAUUCCUAAAGCAUCCUAAACUGCUGUUGCACGAAGUAGAACUACGUUUUGGAGUAAACUUGGAACGGAACCUAAUGAGUGGCCUAUCCAGAAUGGUAGAUCCUAUUUUCAGACUUUCUAGUGGGCAUCUUCUAACUACUGUGAUGUCCUACAUUGAAGAUGCUUCAGAUAAGACACAGGAAAAUGGACUGAGAAUGAAUGCUGCAUUGUUGCUGUUGCCAGCUUUGUUUCGAGAGAGGGAAAAUCUGUUGUUUGUUGUUGACCAAGUACCACCAUCACCUACGCCAACUAUCGUUUUCAAGGGAACAACAAGCCCAUUGGCAGCAGAUGACAUCUCUGUUUGUGUUGAUGGAAUUGAGAUACUCAGUGAUUAUCCAGGAAUGGAUAUCACCCUUGCUGUUGAAUGUAUUUUUUCUCUUUAUUUUUCCUUGGGCAUUGAGUAUCCUAAAGCUCUAAAAAAUUUUCUGACUUUCAUGGAAAGGUACUUCAUGAAGCUGAGUACCUCUGACAAAGUACCUUUGCCAGUGUUAAAGAUGUACAGUCAAAUAACUGCACUUUUACUUGGGGAAUAAUUAUAUUGAUCUGAUGGAAUGCCAUUUUAACAUUUAAUCUGAAAUUAAAUGAAUUUAUUGUGUCAACUAUUUAAUUUGAUUACAAAAACAGAAUGUUUGAUAUAAAAAUGUAAUUGUACAUAUCAAAAAAAGUAUUUAUUUUAAAUGUAAAUGGCUGAUUAGAAAAUUAAUUGUUUAUAACAAAUGUAAAUUGUUUUUAAUAGAAGUUUUGAUCUCAAAAAACUAAUAAACAUUCAGUCUUAAUUUAUAGAUAUCAUAAACUCAUAAUAAGCUCUGAUCUAAAUACUGUACUGUAGCUCUUCUAAUUUGUGCCACCAAAAAAUGAAUAAGAAAAAAGAAACCCACGUUCAUCAGUUUCAAUAUACAUUCUAUCUCAGCUUUUUCAAGGUCUAUACAUGUUCUUGAAAAUGUAUUUUGUGUAAGUUUCAGGAAAAUCUGUGGGAUGCAUAGAUUUAUUUUCCAGUUUGCUGCGAGACCCUUUUUUCACUGUGUAAAUAAUAUGGUUUAAUUAUUAAAAACACACAGGUUGAAUAAAACUGUGUAAAACUGUAUAUAACUAAACCUGAAACUGAAACUACUCUAAUGGUUUAACCUGUAAAAACAAUAAAUUGUUAUAUAAAUGUUUAAUAAAUAAAUUG